AUGAAGCUGAGCACAUUAUUGAAGCGAAAGCAACGGUCACAUCGGCCGGAACCAGGACCUCCCCUCCGCACCAAUAUCUCUAUCCUGAGCCGACUUCCCCUCGAAUGUUGGCUCAAAGUUCUCGAGUUCCUUCCCCAGCGCGAUGUGUCAACUGUCAGUCGACAGUGCAAGGAGCUACAUGCAUCUGCGGAACCUAUCCUCUACCGGUCAAUUGACUGGGAAUGGUGUGGGAGUUCAUCCAGUGAGCCUCCCUUUCUAUCAAUUGUCAAGCUGCUCCGCACCGUCCACGAGCGACCCGAAAUUGCAGCACUCGUCCAGAAUGUUUCCUUCGUCUCCUACACCAGGCCCCAGGAGCCAGUCUACAACCAAAGGGCACAUAUCGAAUCUACAAAGUGCCAGAAAAUAUUACGCGACUAUCCCACUGUGAGAAACUUCUUGUUGAGUAUUGUUCGCCUGGCCAACUUUCCUCAUCAGAGAGAAUGGAAGGGGGCUGUGAAAGAAGGGAAUCCGCACGCCUACGCGGCCAUCCUCAUCUCCCAGAUGUCGUGCCUGCGGACCCUUAAGCUGGAUUGCUCCUUCGUGUGGGACCAUGGUUGGCCGGGCCUGAUGAUCACCCAUGCCAUGCUGGGCUCACCCCCGGGGGUCCUGUCGGAUUUCUCGCGUCUCACAUACGUAGAUUAUGGCAACAACUGCUCCCGACUUCGUCAGAAGAAUGCCAGAGGAGUAAAUGUCCCUCUCUUUGGGGGCCUCGAAGGAUGUGACCGGUCGCAGUACGUCGGCUGGUUCUUUCUGCCUGCGCUCCGGUAUUUCGCGAUGUGGGCUCAAAGUCCAAGUCUCGCGCAGGACAUUGCAUCGGCAAUGAAUGCUCAGCCUUCCAACCUCGCACGUCUCCGCCAAUGGUCGCUUAAUCAAUCCAUCAUUAGCGUCCAGGACAUCAACCGUCUUCUUCCUCAGAUGAAGUCCCUAGAAUACCUCCGCCUCGGCCUGCAAUACGUGACCUGUCUUGGGCAACUGCAGUGCGUGGCAGCAAUGGAACCAGGCCUCAGAAGUGUCUCUGGCACUCUAACAAAGUUCAUCUUAGGCCCCCAUUACGCCGCAAUAACAAGCCAAACAGCCCCAGCUUGCGCAGGCAGCCAGGAAGGUCUCAAGCUUCCGCACGGGCUCUUCAAAUCAUUCGAGAAAUUGCGCACCCUCCGCCUCCCGACUACCAUGCUGCUAGGAUGGGGCGCGAAUCAGCGAAAGCUCUCUGGGGCUCUGCCAGCGGGAAUCAAAGAACUCGUCCUGCGAGACUGCUACCUGGAGACAGCUAUCCCCCACCGCAAGCCCAAUGAGGCGAUACAUGUUCUUGCAAAUUUCCUGCUGUACGAUGUACACCAGUACCCGCAUCUACGCAGUAUUACGGUUUUUAUGGAUAGAACCCCGUUCAAUAUGGAUCCUGUGUCUAAGAUGGAGCGGGAGGAACUGCGCCAGCUUGGCGGACAGCGACACAUUUAUGUCUACCUGAUGCAGAACACUGGACAGAGCAUAGACUGA